AUGAAUGAGACUGAUUUAUUGAGAUGUAAAAGAGAGUAAUUUCAUACAGAAAUUAGAAGAAAUCAAUUAGAAAAGAUAUUCAAUGUAAAAAGAAAAGUAUCAAAUUCAGAUGCCCAAAUUUCUAUUUAUUAUACUCAAUAAAUGCAUCAUAUGGGAAAAAUUAAAAUACUAGAUCUACUAAUUUUAAUAAAUGAAAAAGUAAAUAAACCUAUAGUUGAAAUGGUAUAAAAUGAUCUUGGUCUUUAAUUGACUAAAUUACUUAAUUUAAAUGAACUCUAUUCUAAUUGGGAAUUGUUCAAAAAUAUAUUGAUCUAUCUUAAUAAUUUAGUGUUAUUACCAGAUGAGCAUUUGUAAAGUUAUCCUAAAUUUAAUGAGAUGCUUAUAUCAUUUUCAUAGCUUUUUAUUCUAUUGGAAGCUGAGAUUUUUCGAAAGGGUUUGUGUAUAAAAGGAAAUGAUCAGAAUUGUCCAUUAGAAACAGGAUAUGAUGAUAUAUCUAGAUUAUCUUAUACCUUUAUUAAAAUUGAUUAAAUUUUGAUGUAUUCAUCAACAACAUUUUAAUCAAGAGGAGAAUUAUUAAGAAGUAAAAUAUUUGUGCAUAGUAUAUGUCAUGCAUUUCAUGUAAAUAAUUAUAUAUAAUUUUAGAAUCAAAUGGAUAAUAGUGUACUUGAAUUACAUUUACAACUAAUAACAUCUUUACUAUAAGAUUUAUAUAAAUAGGAUAAUGAUUGUAGAAAACAUGCAGAAGUGUUUCUUAAACCAAUAUGUAGUGCUUUAUCAACUAAAAAUUUGGAUAAAUUAAAUUAUUUAUUAUAAAUAUUACUUAAUUUGACAUUUGUAGGAAUGCAUAAUGGAUAUGUAUAGAUUAUAAUUUAUAUAAAUUAGAUAAAUUCAAUAUUUAAAUUUAAUGGAGGUUUGGAAUUGAUGUAAAUAUUGAAUGAAGGUUUGAAUGAUUAAUUGACUUUGAGAAUUUUAGCCGAAAUUGCUUAAUAAAGUCCAGCACAUAUAGAAAUUUUGAUAAAAAAUGGAUUGGUUCAAUAAUUAAAAUAGAAAUUAUGUUCUAAUAAGUAAUUAUAAUUUAUUGAUUAUUAAUUAGUAAAUAGGUUUAGAAUUAGGCUUUAUGGGUUUUAGAAUUCUGUAUUUGUGGAGCAAAAUAAUUUUAUGAUAUCAUAUUUACAUAAAUAGAUAUUACAAAUUAUGUUAUCCAAUUAUUGAAUUCACCAGAUGAAUAGAUACAUAUAUAAGCCUGUUUUACUUUAUGUGCUUAUCUUUAGAAAGGUAAUUUUUAAUAAACUCAAUAAUUAUGUUAAUCAAAAAUACAUUUAAAAGUAUUUUAAUUUUUACAUUUGCAAAAUGUAGAAUUGAAAUAGGCUAUUAUUGAAGCUAUUAUUGAAAUAUUGAAUAAAGAAACAUGGUAGAGUAGUCAAUAUUAAUUAAUAUCACCAUAAGAGAGAGAGAAUUUACGUUUUGUUUUAGAGAGACUUGAUGAAGACCAAUCUAUUUUUUCAAUGAUAAAUAAUUUAUUAUCAUAUUUAUGA